AUGAUGCCGCUCGCGCCGACGCCAAUUGUUCCGGUGCCCUCGAAGCCGAAGAUCGGCUUCAGCAUCGACUCGAUCGUCGGUGGUGGUGGACAGGGUCGCGAGGACCGUCUGGACCGGUUGGAACGGGUGGAAAUCGAGAGAGACGAUGGCAGUCCCAUGGACGUGGUCGAAGGCUCUUCCUCGCCUCGAACUCGUAGGGUCACCACGAGAUCACCCGGGGCCCAUUCCGAGGGCUCCGAUCGGCCAGUGUCCCGGAGUUCCUCCGUAGAAUCCUACCCUAACUCGCGGAGGACGCCGUCACAUCCUGGCAGCCAUCACCAUCAUCACGCGAAUCACCACGGCCAUCAUCAUCACUUGUCCGCUGCUACGCACCUAGACUUCGGUAGAACGACGGUCCACAGUCACAGCGGAGGAUCCACGCCGAACAACAGUCCCAGUCCGCCUCACAGGAUAUCCCACGGGGACUCUCCCGUCGGUUCGCAUCCUCAGCCGCCACCGGGAGUCGUCAGACCGAGUCCCAAUUACCUCGCACCGCCGCCUGGCGCGGCAACUGCGGCAGCAGUCGCGGCUGAACAGUUGAAAUCCCUCUACGGGCUACCCGGACAUGGCCCAACGGGCCCACAGACGGGACAGAACGAGUACCACACGCAGCAGCUCGCCCUGGCCGCGAAUUUGGCCGCGGCACAGCACUUCCAGGCGGCCAACCUAGCCGUGGCCCUUCAGGCCCAUCACGGCGCGUCGCCCCACGGACCUCCGCACGGGCCUUAUCCCCAUGGCGGCGCGCCCGGUGGACCCCAUCCUCCGCCGCAUCCUCAUCAGCCACCCAGGGACAGCUACCCGCUCUAUCCUUGGCUGCUGUCUAGGCACGGCAGGAUCUUCCCUCACAGAUUUCCUGGAGGCCCCGACAUACCGGGAUUUCUUCUGCAGCCAUUCAGGAAGCCGAAGAGAAUAAGGACGGCCUUCAGCCCCAGUCAGUUGCUGAAGCUGGAGCACGCGUUCGAGAAAAAUCACUACGUGGUCGGCGCGGAGAGGAAGCAACUGGCGCAGGCGCUCUCGUUGACGGAAACGCAGGUGAAGGUCUGGUUCCAGAACCGACGGACGAAGCACAAGCGGAUGCAGCAGGAGGAAGAAGCGAAGGCGCAGCAGCAGUCUGGUGGCGGCGGUGGUGGCGGUGGCGGCGGUGGCGGAGGAGGCGGGAACGCGAACAACAAUUCCAACAAUAAGAACACCCAUCACGUGAGCAAAUGGCAACAGGAGACCGGCGAUUAUCACCACGAGGAGGAGGAGGAAGAGGAGCACAUCGAUCCGGAGGCCGAGGAGUGUUCCAGCGGCUCGGAGGCGUAG